GUUACAAAAAUUGAAUAUUUUAAUUUUUCUUUGAACCAUUUUCUGUUUUUAUUCUAUUUUAAAAUUUCUAAUUGGUUAACUAGUGUCUGAAUAAUUUUACUGUAACAGGUAAAAAUGAACUAUUAUAGCAAAAUACAUAUUAUUUUACUAGAAAUAAUCAUUUCAAAUGUAAUAAUUGUUUAUACAAAUAAUGAAUUUAAACAGAAUAUUGAAAAUCAAACAUCUAUAACUAUUAACGAUUUGAAUAUACUCAUCAGAGAAUAUCCUGCAUUUAUACAGUUGAAAUUACAAAAACAAGAAUAUUACACAGGUAAAGAUAUAGCUCGUUGUCCUAUGCCUUACAACGAAAAUACUAUAUUAGAUGAUGCCGAUGUUGUGACGGCUGAAUUAUUCAACCCAAGGGAAUGUAAAAAACCUUGGACAUGGACGCGAAAAAAUGAAUUAGAAGUUCCUGUACCUAUUAAUGGUACUGUUGGUAAAAAAUUAGGAGAAAUUAUUCGACCAUGUCUUAAGAACAAUACUAAUAUUAUACAAUGUUAUACUCACUAUCUGAAUGUUAUCGAAAGCGUUGGCUUAACAUUUGUAGACAGAUUUUUUUUGUUUCAAAUUGAAAUUUGCGAUAGAGUUUUAGUAUUGAUGAAUAACGUAGAUUAUAUAGAAAAAUUUAGUUUGUUUAAUAUUAAACCAAAUAUUCCUAAAAUUAUCACUUUUGUAAUAAAUUUUAGACUUCUCUUUGAUAAUAUUUAUGAUGUAUUUAAACAGUAUAAUAUUUCUACUCUGCCUCUUAACUGUGUGGACAUUGUCAUGGAGAAAAUGUUUGAUAAUAAUAAUCAUAAACACUACAAAACACAAAGAAAACAAUUCUUAAAUUGUCGAGAAUUAAUGAAAACAUAAUUAAAUUAUGCUGUUUUAGACAAUGAUCAGUACUGGGAAUGGGAUAUUAAUUCUGAUUGCAAACCUGAUGAUACAGUGUUAAUGACCACAAAUUACAAAAAUACCCAACUAGGAUUAAAUCUAUUUCCGUACAAAGCAAAAAAAAAUUGUUUAAAAUAUAAUUUCUUUUGUGUAUAGACAAUGAAUAAUUCUAAGUAUAAUUUGUUUAGUUUAUUAUAUGUUGUACUUAAUAAUAUUACGAUAGUGAUAAUUGUAGCAUUAAUAAUUUUCAUAAAAUAAAAUCAAAUUUAGAUUAAA